AUGAGCGUUCCGUUGUCCAUGGGUCCUAUGUUGCUGAUGGAGAGUAGACAGACAAACGGUCCGAUGUAUCACGGUGCUCAUUACAUGCAACCUGGGCCACCACCAGCACCGCCACCACCAUCAGUACCAAAUGGUACUCAUAUUCCGCCCAAUUUGAUACAGUCGCAUCAUUCAGUGCAUGGACAAGCUGCUCCAUCUGGACAGCAUAUUAUCACUUCUUCAAUGAACAGGUCUCAAAGAUGUGGUGUAUGUCGAGGCUGUCAAUGCAAGCCAUGUGGACAGUGCACUUAUUGUCAAGAUAGCCCACAAUUUGGUGGCCCAGGUGUUAAGAAACAAUCCUGUAUCGAACGAAGGUGCUUACGCGUACUUGAAAAUAGAUUGCAGAGAGAUGCGCCAACAUUUAAAGCUCGUGUUGGAUGUAAUCAAUGUGAAGAUUGUCGGAUGCCCGAUUGUCAAAUAUGUCUUGUAUGUCUUGACAAAAGAUUUUUCGAUAAUCGAUAUAUGACUGGUGCAAUGUGUGCUAAAAAACGUUGUAGUAAUGCUACAAGCAUAGAACUACCUUCUGCACAAAAUGCUGAAUUACGACAGGCUCAUAAAAGAACAUAUGAUCAGUCGGGAAUGACGGAUUAUCAGAUUAUGAAGCGUCGUCCUCAUCAAAGUUUGGAACAACUGGGACCCGCACAACAGCGCAUUCUAAAUAUGCCAACACAAACGGUCCUGAAUGGUCAAGGAUGCGCAAAUCCACCGAGUGCUACCGCUCUUUAUGUUAAUCAACAAAUGCGUUUGGUAUCCUCGCAAUCCGGAACACCGCAACAGUUACUUAUCAUCCAUCAUCAUCAGCAACAACAACAUCCUGGGACUGCAGCUGUCGUUCCAUGCAGUACUGCUACACGUGGUGCCGAAACUGCAGUUAAUACCAGCCAAGGAUCAGUACAAGUCGUAAACCCCAGUACAUUAUCUGGUACUAGCAAUGGUACCAUGCAUGUGGCAUCACAGUCACGACAUGUAUCACAUCCUGCACCUCAAUACGUUCAACAAAUGCAAGCACAACAUAUUUCCCAUCCAUAUCUGAUUGUAGGAGCGGGAUCUGGUGCUUCAUACCUUCCGAGUUACGUUGAAGAACGUGUUGCACCUCAAUCGGAUCCAUUCACACCACCAAGUUACGCACCAGAAAUGAAAAAUGUCGUUGUAUUACAGCCCUUAUGA